UGCUGCCUAUAUAACAUGUCGUUUGAUACAUUGCCCUACUACUGCUGUGCAGAAUCACGUGAUAUCGACGUUUGCACGCAAGCACCAAAUCCUGGACCAUGCGACAACAACCUACAGAGGUGGUACUACGAUACGGGAGCGGGUGUUUGCUCGCUGUUUAAUUACGGCGGAUGUGGAGGAAAUGGAAACAACUUCGCAACGCUUCAAGGAUGUCUGAUACGUUGCCAAGAGCGCGCCACCUGUGAUACGCCACCAGAGGUGGGCUCUUGCCGCUCGAAUUUCCAGCGCUGGUUCUUCAACUCAAAGACUAGUUCAUGCGAGACCUUCACGUUUGGUGGCUGCAGUACCAAUCUGAAUAACUUCUUCAGUAAGGGAGAAUGUCUUGCCAGGUGUGGAGUUGACACGACCAGAUCUACCUGUCCAGGAGCGCGACAAUGCGACACUACGAACCUGUGCGCUGACAACACGUGCGAGUUCAACCCUAAUGCGACAUGUACCAUCGACCCGUGUCGUUGUGAGGUUGUCUUCAAAGACGAGUUUGGCAAGACCGUCGAUUGCGGAAAACUGUUACCAAAGUGUCUGCGCGAUAGACUGGCCCACCGGCUGGGUAACUACAUGCCACAGUGCGACGAAAACGAUGCCUACAAACCGCUGCAGUGUGUGGAUGGCGGGUCCGAGUGUUGGUGUGUCGACAGUCUAGGCAGCGAAGUGCCAGAUACCCGCGUCUCCGGACGUACGCCCUCUUGCCGUGUAAACGACGUGGACAAAGUAAACAUUGUUCUCCGCUUCCCAGUAGAGUUCAGCACAGUGGAAGGCCAACAACAAGAGUUUAUUGAGCUGCUUAUAUCUGUGCUGAUGAACGAUUUCCAGUUAACAAGAGCCCAGAUUGAAGAUAUUCGUCUGUACCGUGGAAGCAUUAUCGCUGAAAUUGUAGUUACCGGAGAAAAUGCGACAAACGCUGUGGAUUUCCUGCAACACAAUGUACGGGAGAAACAUUUCGUCGUGGAGCUGAAUGGAGAGCUGCUGGUACCGGACAGUGCCGUCGCCACAUACUACAGGUCACCCAUCUCAGAGAAGCAGCUGCGAGAAUUGGAACACAGCAACUUCGUCAAGAAGGUGGUGUUGGCCGUCGUCGGCAGCGUCAUGGGUGUGCUGCUCAUUGCUGGCGUCAUCAUAUGCUGCGUGGUACAGAAAAAGAAAAACACGAAAUCGGCCGAUCUCGAUAACCCUAAUGCGGUCGUACCAACCAUGUAUGCGGCUGGUCCGAAGUAUUAGAUGAACAUCGGCAGUCAAUCCUCAACUCCUACCCUCCAACUCCUAUACCCAACUCCCAACUCCAAUACCCAACCCAACCCAAACCCAACCCAACCCUCCC